UAAAAAGUGCGGAGAAGUUUGAGAAGACAAAUCCUGCGUCUCCAGUUUUUUUUUCUGGAAUAUGAAGAAAAGAAUGACCUGCUUGAAACAUUUUUUCAUUUUGGUCACAAUGCGGUGCUUUGUUCAGGGUGAAACUGAGGCAUUACGACCUGGAAAAAAUGUUUUUUGCACAUUUAAAGAGAAGACGUACAGGCCAGGAGAUAGUUGGCAUCCCUAUUUGGAACCCUUUGGAUUCAUGUUCUGCAUGCGCUGUACUUGCACAGAACCUGGACUUGUGAAAUGCAACAGCAUCAAAUGCCCUUCUCUGCGAUGUGAAAAUCCAGUCACAAACUCACAGCAGUGUUGCCCUCGGUGUGCAGAUGAGCACAGAACUCCUGCAGGUUUGCGGGCACCCAUUAAAACCUGUAGGUAUAAUGGAAGCAUUUACCAAACGGGGGAAACUUUUGCAAACCAUGAGCUAUUCCCAACCCGUCAGUCGAACCAGUGUGUCAUGUGUACUUGCUCUAAUGGAAAUAUUUUCUGUGCAUUGAAAUCCUGUCAACCUAUCACAUGCUCCUCACCAGUGCCAGUCCCGGAUACUUGCUGCCUAGUGUGCAAAGAAAGUGCAAUUGAUAUCAAUUCAGCAUUAUUUGAAGAUGGAGGACAACAACUAAACAGAGGAGCUAGGCAUUCGGUGGAUCAGUGUGCAGCAGAUCAGGUCAGGGGUCGCUCUGUUAGGGCCACACCAUCAACACUACGGGGGUCUCCCAGAGGUCUCAACCUACAGACAUUACACCUCAAAGGAGCUUCCGAAACCACUGUUAAAAUCCUUCUACAGCGCAAACAUCAGAGAGCUUGUGUGUACAGUGGUAAGACCUAUUCUCAUGGUGACGUCUGGCAUCCGGUGCUGGGGAAGAUUUUGGAGUGCAUUUUGUGCACAUGCAGGGACGGCUUUCAAGAAUGCAAGAGAGUCACGUGCCCCAACCAGUAUCCGUGCCAACAUCCCAUAAAGAUAGAGGGGAAAUGCUGUAAGAUAUGUCCAGAGCUCAAACCAGAGAGCAACAAGUCGGAGUGCUACCUUGCUCAGGACAACAACAGUUUACUGGUGUAUAAAUUUGAACCCUCAUCGGGUACACAGACUGAAGAUAAAGUACGAAUGAUUGCCAUCGAGAGACAAGGAGCCACAGAAGUAGAAGUACAAGUCUGGAAAACUGUUGAAGGCGUUUUGCAUUUAAUGGAGACAGGUGACGUUAAGAAGAAAGACCUUAUAGAAAAUCCAGAACAAUACAUACUACUGACCACUUUAGAUGAAGACACUUGGAGAAAGUUCAAAGAAGAUGAGGACAAGCAGAAGGACUUGAGUAAGAUUAGGAGCUGUGAAGACGGGAUCAAGGAAGUGGUGAAGUACUUAAACCCUGAACAGCUGGACAGUCUUUGCACAUCUUAGUCUCCUCUCCGCUUAAACACUGUGCCAUCCCAGUCUGACACCCAUUUUAUUACUAGAAGAACACUCGCACUCUCACAAUGUGCAUGUAGUACAAAACCAGAUGCUGGCAGCAGGUAGUCUAAAGAUCUCCUUUAUUACUAUGAGUCAGUUUAGCACAACUCUUUAUGAGUUUGACAUCCUAGAAUUCUUUCUGAGGCCUUUGUAUUUUUUUUCUGAGAGCCUUGAGGUCAGUUAUUUCUCUUGCACUGCUAAAAAAUGCAUGUUUGAGAAAGAAAGUGAGAAAAUAUAUGCUAUUUGGGCCAACCAUGAAAGGAUUUAAAAGCAAUCAUCAUUAAAGCAAAUGUUGUAUGUAAUUGUAGCACGUAUCCGCUGUGUACAUCAAAGGAUGAUUUACAGUAGAAGCUUAUUGGCCCGGAAUGCUUUUAUAAAGUUGAUGUAGGCCACUUAUUCUCCACUGUGCUUAGUUAAAUGCUAUUCAUAUAUGUAAGAUUGAUAAACUGAAAACAAAUACACUAUUUAUUGUAAAGUCAAAGCAGCCAAUUCCACCUGGUCAUCAAUAGAGUAUUCUCUAUGCAGAAAAUGCUUCACAUUGCAAUGUUAUGUUGCGUGUAUAUGGAUCUGGUUAUGUGUAACUUGUAUGCACUUAAAAUGAUGAAAAAUAUAUUGGGCUGAUGUCCAGACUAAAGGG